AUGCAGAAGAGCGACUUGCAGUACAGUUUGAGAAGUCUCGUCGCUACACAGUCAAACCAGUCGACUGGUGCAUGUUUCAUGUUGAGGACGGUGGCUUGGGACGGGACGGUUGAUUUGAAUGCCCGUACAUGUACAUGCAUGGAGUUCCAGUACAUGGGCAUUCCAUGUUCGCACGCAAUUGCAGCAGCGAGGCACAAGAAUAUAAAUUGCCACACGUUGAUCGAUCCAUGCUACAGUGUGGACUCCCUAAUUAGUGCCUACGCUGAACCAAUCUUACCGGUAGGCCACAUGUCGGAAUGGAAAAGGCCAGCUGAUUACCAGCCUAUUCCCGUCCAACCACCACGUCUUGUUAAACGUGCAGGCCGGCGUAGAACGCAAUGGAUCGCCUCAACCGGUGAGCGUCGUGUUGUGAACAAGUGUUCUCGAUGCGGUACAUCGGGUCACAAUAGACAGACAUGUACUAACCCAAUUACGUAG